AGUUCCCUAACAAAAAUGAACUGGUUUCGUUUUGUGAUCACCAAGACUUGUUCUUAGUAGGAAAUAAAACACAAAGGGUUGACGAUUUGCUUUGUAAAAAUAAAUUUAUGCCCACAAUCAAGAAAAUGAAAAAAGAAUGCAUAACAAAAACUGCGGAACUUAUAAAAGUCGGUUAUGAUGUGGGCCAGUUUGUAGAAAUAUAUUCAGUCUGUUUUGACCCCCAUAAAAAUAUGCCACUACGUACAAUCCAAAAAAUAACUACAAUUGACGAUGAACCCCGACUUUUAGCGCCUUCCAAUGAUUGGUUGGUACAUCCAGGAAUUGGAAAUGUAAAUAUUAAUAGAGGGUUUACAUGUCAACAUGAUAAUGAAACAUGUUGUUACGAAAAAACUUAUAUGGCGAAUCCACGGUACUUCAUACACGGGUUAGCGAAGAAAGCUGCUUUCAUCGACUUUCUGAAUGUGGUCCCUUCUUGGCGAAAUUGUGCAAAUAGCAGUCAGGAAGCCACUUGGGAAGACGUAGAUCGUAUAUUGGAAAAUGUUAUAUCCGGCAACAGUAUAUAUGUCUGGACUGGUGCGCAUACCUUCGAAGACAUAAAUGGAGUAUCCAUACCACGGUACUUAUAUAAGGUAGUGAAAUCCGAAGCAGAAGAAUUUGAUCCAAUGGCAAUUAUUCGUGUCAACAGUCCAACACCUACAGAAAAGGAUAUAUUAUGUACCACCAUAGAUCUGGAGUCAUUAGUGAUAUAUGAUUCAAGUCCAGUGCUAACUAAGUACACCUACGCCUGUGAUUUUCUAGACUUUCUUGUGGAAUUGGACUUAGAGAAAGAGGAUUUCGAAAUUUAAUUCAAGUUACAAAUCCGAAGACAAAUCCUGGUAACUUUGGAACAUAAGACGUUCAAUCAAGAUGCGAUUUCAAGAAUAACAUCU